AUGGCAAUCUCUUUUAUACUCUUUGCAUGUUUUUUGGAGAAUUUGGCCUUUCAACCGCAGAUUGAGUUGACAUUGACAGGAAAUGAAGAAGCCUUUCAAUUCGCCGAAGAGCUUCUCGAACCUUCAGGAAACAAAGGAAUCCUUGCUCUUGACUUUAAACAAAUCCUUCAACAAGGCCCAAUGGUUCAACUCAAAUUCACAAUGAAGACAUGGACGGGAACGGUGGAAAAUGAGUUGAUGAUCCCGGCACAAAAAACCACUCUCAACGGAAUAAUUCUUGACUCAAUUCGCACGGCCGGUCAAUCAUACGUCGAAUCCUUUCAACAUUUCGAGCUACAGAACGACAAAUGGCGGCAUUUGGCUUCUGAAAUGAUCCAGCACAGAAUAGAGAACCCGGCAGUGAUCGAGAAAUACCUUGCUUCUUCAGACAAAGCACCACGAUUUGUUCUAUUUUAUCAUGAUGACGGAAAAUUGACAAAUCAAGUGGCAGCUGUGGCUGUCUCUUUGGCGAGGAGAGAGCUUCGUGAAACUGAGAUCUUGAUUGCCGAUUGCACGCACAACGUGGAAGAAUGCUAUAAAUACAACGUGAAAGAAUUCCCGGCACUGCAAUGUUUCAAGGAUGGAAAAUUAUACGCGGAUUUUGAUGACGAGAGAAUGCUGACACUUGAUGUGGAGGGAGUCAAGAAUUGGAUUUCACGCUUACUCAUGCCGGCUUUUCAUCAAGUUAAUGAAGAUCAGGUACCCUAUUUUCGCGAGGGAAUCAUUCGUGGAUGGGAUGGAGUCGUCGAUUCGGUUCAUGUUUUGUUUAUUGAAGACAAAAAGAACCGAGUCUACCACGAUUUCACAAAACUAGCCUCUCAAAAUCACGGAGUAUACACAUUUGGAACGAUGGUUCAUCAAGAUGUUGAGAAAUGGGCCAUUCACCCAGCCAUCAUCACUUUUAAGCCAUUAGAGAAUGAGAUCAAAGCUUUCACUUUGCACACAACGAUGGGCUAUGAGGUGAUGAGAAAUUAUAUUGACGUGGCUUCGGAUCCGUCUUUGUUUGACCUGACAUCACCAAUCGAGGCUCUCAAAGCGUUCACGCGACAAGUGCCCGUCUUGGUGCUAUUCGAUCCAUUGUGUAACUCUCCAUCGUUCGAUCUGGCCGGACUUGCCGCUGAGGACACCGAGUACCGAAGAACAAAAGCUCGUUUCGGGACAGUUAAUGGGACAAAUCCCUUUUCGUUGUCUCUCUUGGCAUCAAGCGGCGUCAAGCAAUUUGAUCGAGCACAAUGGGUGCUAAUCGAUGUGAAAGAGUCCCUCUCCUAUGUAAUCCCAUUCAAUAAGGAGACGCACACGAAAUUGAGAGAAUUCAUUGCUGAUCCAUCAAAACUCAGCCAACCAAGGGAAUCAACCCUUUCCGUCGAGGUGAUUCGAAAUGUGAUUUUAGGGGAGAUUUUCGAGGAUUCACAUGACGAGUUCAAGCACAAUGACUACCACGAGCCGGGCACUUUACCCAAACCACCAUUGCACAAUGAAGCUCACGAUGAAUUA